AUGGAACCCAGAAACCAAACAGCUGUUUCAGAAUUUUUCCUCCUGGGACUGACAGAGGACCCAGAGCUGCAGCCCCUUCUCUUCAUCCUGUUCCUAUUCAUGUACCUGGUCACGGUGCUCGGAAACCUGCUCAUCCUCCUGGCCGUCCGCUCUGACUCCCACCUGCACACCCCCAUGUACUUCUUCCUCUCCAGCCUGUCCUUGUCUGACAUCUGCUUAAGCACAACCACGAUCCCAAAGAUGCUGGUGAACAUCCAAGCUGAGGACUGGAGCAUCACUUAUGUGGGCUGCGUCACCCAGGUCUGCUCUGUCUUGAUUUUUGCUGGCUUGGAAAGUUGUCUCCUUGCAGCGAUGGCCUAUGACCACUACGUGGCCAUCUGUCACCCCUUAAAGUACACAGUUAUCAUGAGUGCCCGCCUCUGCAGCCUGAUGACUCUGCUCUCUCUGUGUGCCAGCAUCACGAACGCCCUGCUGCUCAGCCUCCCCAUGUUACAGCUGUCUUUCUGCACAGACCUGCAGAUACCCCUCUUCUUCUGCGAACUUGCUCAGGUCCUCAAACUCGCCUGCUCUGACACCUUCAUCAAUAACAUCCUAAUAUAUUUUGCAGCUUGUGUAUUUGGAGGUGUUCCUCUCUCUGGGAUCAUUUUAUCUUAUAUUCAGAUAGUCUCCUCUGUUUUGAGAACAGCGUCAGUGGAAGGAAAGUAUAAAGCUUUUUCCACUUGUGGGUCUCACCUCUCAGUUGUGUUCUUGUUCUAUGCAACAGGUUUGGGGGUGUAUAUUAGUUCUGCAUUCACUGACUCACCCGGGAAGACUGCAGUGGCUUCAGUGAUGUAUUCUGUGGUCCCUCCAAUGGUAAACCCCUUUAUCUAUAGUCUGAGGAACAAAGACAUAAAAGGAACCUUGAGGAAACUCACAAGGAGGAUACCUGCUCUCCUGUGA